CCUCGAUCGUCAAAUAUGGAUUGAGCGUCUAUAGCUGCUUCAUGGCUUUCUCUUCCUUUGCAAUUUCUAACUCAUGAGCGGUCGCAUUUGAAUUUGAGAAGUUACUGAUUAUCCUUCCGCAGUGCGACGGUGACUGGCACGUUUGCCAACUAUUGACAACUUGACGCCAUUGGCAGACGUCCACCAAAAAUAGAAGACAGGACAACAUGGCGGUAUCCGGGUCGUAAGUACUAUUUAUAUUCAGCAUGAACUUACUCGCAAAAGGUAUUGUUCCUAUGCAAAAGAAUCACGAUCCGUGUGUGAAAGCUUUGCACUUAAUAGCAUGCAGCAUGUCGUAACGUGAAUUGGCCAACCACAGAGUAUCCAUGCGCGUCGCUGUCUUGAUGACAUCGGUCAUUCUGUCUGUACUAAAGGUCUGCCACCAGCUCUUUGAAGCUUCAAUGGGAACCACUCUAUCGUGGCUAACAUAGGUACGGGAGUCUUCUGCUUGUCUCAGGGGUCUCAAUACAUCGUGUCUCAGCGAAGAUCUUUCAAAGUCUCCAUUCUGACAUCUGUGUGAAGUUGCUCGGCGUUGAGAGUCUAGGAUCCUGCUGAUUCCAAUCACUAUGGCUACCAUGGUAUGUCUUGUCAUAGAAUGACGGAGACAAAUCGUAUGGUCGAGGAUGGACGGUGAUGUAUCAAUUUCCAAAUUAGCUAUUCUUAACAAAGCUCCAUCUGUCAAUCUAUCCAAUGUGUACACUCUUCUUCUACGGGAGACCUGUGCGAAAGAUGGACCAGCGGCGAGAUUGACUACAAAGAUGUCCAACCACCAGAAAGAUCUCCCCAGAGUCGGUCUGGCUACCUACCCGACGCAUUGCUCAAAAUCCUCUUGGCAUAUUAUGUUCUCGUGGAACGAGGACCGACAAGCCAAUGAAAAGGCAAUCGUCAUCAAAGUCUUGCAUUUCACAGCCGGUCUGUAUUUCUGGGAAUUCCUCACAACACUGGACUUCGAGUGGAGCUUCAUAUCGAGAAGGCGCGCGUUCAAAUGGCCAAUGCUCUUUUACUUCUUGAAUCGCUACUGCUAUCUCGCUGCAAUCACCUGCCUUUUAUACACUGAGGACGCUCCUCUGACGACAAGGAUCAAUUGUGGUGCAUUGUACAACUUCAUCCAGAUCGCCGGCAACAUGGCCGUUGGCUUUGCAAGUCUUAAUCUGGCCAUACGCACAAUCGCCAUCUGGUCUGGCAACAAAUAUGUCAUCACGGCCCUGACAAUCAUGAUGCUCGGACAGUGGGCUCUCAUAUUCCAAGGCGGCUCUCUGCAGCACGACUGGGUAUACGGUCUAGGCUGCGCCGAUCUUCAGACAAACAACAAAGUACUCGCAGCUACGUACAGUCUAUCCACAUUCCUCGAUACAGUCGUGCUAGUUCUUUCAGCGUGGAAAUUAAGGAUACUCGCCAAGGCAGUACAAAGCUCUAAGCUCGUGACUAUGCUCUUCAGAGACGGGUUGAUUUAUUUCAUCGUCGCGCUUCUCGGCAAUAUUGUUGUUGUCAUUUUCGAAGUCCUCAAUAUCGAUCCAAUCUUCGACGUCAUAUUCAAUAUCCCAUCUGUUGCGGUUAUCACGAUCGCUGCUACUCGAGCCGUCCGAAAUCUCCAGGAGCAGCUCAGCACAUCGCCGGAGACUAUAAUUCCAAGUGCUGCGUUCACGACUCGAUUUCCCUCCAUAGAAUCCCCCAUGAGCGUUCACACCUAUCAAUCCGUGUACCGAAGUCGUCAAUAUACUGUGGACAUGGAAUCCUUGGUCAUUCCGGAUCCUAAUAGGGAUAAAGCAAGUACCUAUGGCGAGGACGGGUCGCAGAUGAGGAAAGCGCAGUUGACUCCCUUGUUGUAUUGAACUUGACAAUUUGGAAAACGUCUCCAAUUAGACUUUUAGCCUCUUGCUACCGUAAUGUGUUCCACUCUUUUUUCGUGCUCUUGCUAUGUGCUGGACACUUUUGGAUCCGUCGAGACUCGCCUGUCCCUACUUGUAGACAUUGCAUGUAAAGAUACGUCGCUAAAUCAAAGCGUAAUAAUUCCUUCAUUUUUUGGACAUCUAAGAACACUGUCAACAACGAGUGAUACAAGUACAGAAGAAUUCAAUAACAGAGGCUCAUAACGUAAAGUCUACUACAAGUCAAUCAAAAGAUGAGACAAGGUUAAAUAACAAACAACCAGAACGCAGAAUAUCAU